GAGGGAGACACGAUGGUCUAUUUCCAAAGACAUUUAGUCCAAACGCCAAUUGUGAGGGGAAACAAGGAGACCUUAUCAAAUACAAUGUUUGUUGUUUAGUUGUUACCUCCCUUGAUCGUCUGCUUAUCUCUGCUGCUUAAAAUAGCUUUUUUUUUUUUUCUCGACUAGCGCGUGCCGGAAGCUGGCGUUUUCUGCAUUAAUUUGUUUAGGAAAACAAGUAGAUCUAGAUUUGUGUUUCCUAUUUGUGGUCAAGUGAGUGGAACGUGUUUCUAGUCGAACUUGCUUUAGGCAAUACGUGUUUUUAGGAAAUACGUAAAGUAGGAAAUACGUGUUUUUAGGAAAUUCGUGUUUUUACUAAGAUGUUUUUUUCACAAGUGAACAUAAAAGGGUAGAAAAGAUUUAUUUGAAAUAAAGAUUUCAUCUUGGAUUUAGUAUAAUAAAGGUUAGCUGUUUUUCAUUAGGUUAGUGUUUCAUUCUCAGUUCAUAAGGAGAUAUAUAUUCCUAAAUUAUUUAUUUAAGAGGAUUGAGGUGAUAGACCAACUCUUGAUAUUCUGUGAAUACUUCUGUUCUACUGCCACCAACUGACCAGUGGACUAGGUCUAAUCGUAACGUUAAUAUUGUCACUGGUCAUUUCACUUCUUACAAUGAAGCACAGACUAGCAUGACCUCGUUGACCAAGCAGGACAGUGACCUCCUGCAGGUUGUAUGAACCAUACUUUCUUAAAACGAGUGGCUAUCGGCGGACGAAUGUUUCGUAUGAUUAUAUACCAGCUGUUCCCGCCACUAAGAAAGCAUAUGCUUUUCUCGCGGGAAAAGGACAAUGACAUUGAAGAUCUUGAGAUGCAAGUUGUCCGCUACAAGCCUGAGGGCCUGGACACGCUCUGCAAGAACACAAAGUUCACGAGAAAGGAAUUACAAAUUAUGUACCGAGGAUUCAAACAGGAGUGUCCGACUGGGAUAGUGAACGAAGAGACGUUUAAAGAAAUCUACGCCCAGUUUUUUCCCCAGGGAGACGCCAGUGCCUAUGCUCAUUAUGUCUUCAAUACAUUUGACCACGAUCACAACGGCUCCAUUAGCUUCGAGGAGUUUGUUAUGGGGCUCUCGGUCUUGUCCAGGGGAACAUUCCAGGAGCGUCUCCAGUGGGCAUUCAGCCUGUACGACGUGAAUGGAGACGGUGUGAUUACAAAGGAGGAGAUGCUGGACAUCGUGACGGCCAUCUACGAGAUGAUGGGGCGCUACACGGAGCCCUCCAUUGACGACACCACAGCCAGGGAGCACGUUGAGAGGGUUUUUCAGAAAAUGGAUACCAAUCGUGACGGUGUUAUAUCAGUGGAAGAAUUUAUGGAUACAUGUCGAAGAGACGAGAAUAUAACCCGUGGGAUGUCAAUUUUCGAUACUGUACUUUGACACCCUAAAGUGACCUUGUUUUUAGGGAUAAAGAGAUGACAGGAUGACCAGCUCUAAGCUGGACUGGACAGUCCAUCAAAACUUGUAAAACAAGCAUUAAGUCUCAGUUUGAUUCUAACCGCUGUCUUGGUUUGUGCAUGUUCUUUUCAUAAUCUGUCCUUACAAUAUCCUAGGGGAAAAAAAUAUUAUCCUUCCUCCUUUAAUGAAAUCAUCAGAAUGAUCUCCAGAGAUUGAAAUCCAUCAUUCUAUUGGAUUAUAUCAUUACUUACACUUCAGUCUUGAGAAUUAAGAAAGACCCAGAAAGAUACAAGGAAUGAAAUAUCUACAACAGAUUCGGAACAUGUUUUACACUUAAUAAUAUUUGGAGGACAUCUAAUGUGCCAGAUUUUUGUAAAAAGAGAAAAAAGUGCUUGGUUGGGCAAUUAUGGUAUUUCUUUUAUAGUAGUUUUUUUUUUUUUUAUAGUUUUUAAAGUUUCAAAAAAAAAUAUAUAUUGUUUUUUUGUUAUUUUAAUUAUGUGAGUUUUUCAAACAGAAAUAUUAAGUCAAUAUUUUUUACAUUUUUCAAACAUUUUUAUUAAAGUAAAAAAGUGAAUUUUUAAAAAAGGCAAAAGAAAAGUUAUGUAGAUUUUAAAAUAUUGCAUAGAUUCUAAAUUUGUCUAUGAUUGAUUGGCAACAAAUAUACAGAUCUAUUAUUGGUUUUAAAGAUGAUAAUAAUAAGUAUUGAGAUGUUGGUAGAAACAAAAUUUCUAUGUUUAUAGCAUUAUUUCAUUUAUAAACUAAAUUUUACCAAAUAAAACAAUCUGUUAAAAAAUACAUUUAAAAUAAGCUUUUCAGAUUCUAUGUUUUCUUUAUUUAUUUGUUAAAUUAUAUUUUGUUUACUAAAUGAAACUAUUCACCUUUGUUUUUUGUUUGUAGUUUUUUUUUUUUUAUGAAUAAAGUAAAGCAGAAAAAAAUAAAGUAUAAUCCAGAAAGUCUGUUCAUUUCUAUUCAUGAACAAUGCAAACAUUUUGAAUCAUCUGGAGCUGAUGUGAGAAUUUAUUAGUGCCAGGCAUGAAGAAGUUUGAAAACUGCUUAAAAUUUUAGCUUUAAUUGUAUUACCUUUAAUGUCCCAAUUUCUAAGACCAGCAUUUUUUUUACCUGCUGUAUUCAUUUCCUCUAAAUGUUGAGGGAAAACUUCAGUAUGUGGGUAGAAUGAUUCUUAAUCAAGAAAAAUGAACAGUGCUUAUAAGCAAAAAAGAGUCUCAGAGAAAAAAUAAAAGAAUUAAAAAUAAAAACUACUUUCAAGGAAGGUAGCUUGGAAAAUGAGUUUUCUUAUUUUAACAGAUUAUUGAUUAAAUUUUCUUUUAGUAUUUACAAAAAACAAGAAGCACAUUCACAUUAAGUGCUAAUUGAUAUUAAGACUUUUAAUUUAAAGACUUUUUAGUCAGAGGUUGUUAUAAAAAUUUUAGAUCCAUGAUAAUAGGAGAAAUGAUUCUAAAUUCAAUGUGCCCCAUAAUAAAACAACAUUAAAAGUAAAAACAUCUCACAGAUAUCUGUUUUGCAGUGUAAUAACCACAUACAUUGUGAGACAUAGUUGGAAAAUUUAGAUAGACAUAGUAGUUUGGUGUAUUUGUGACUUUGAUGACAUUUUAUUGUAUUAUAAUGAUGUCAUGUCAUAAAGUUACAUUGUUUUAAGUAAUUUGUAAUGUUUAUCAGUUUAUGUAAUGUUUAUGUAAAGUUAUCAUUUAAAAGCGUUCAUAAGUCUAAAGGAAAUAUUGUAUAUAUGAGGAAAAAACAUUAUUCUUGUAAGUGUGUAUUCUUGGGACAUCUAUUUAAGCCAUUAAUCCUUAGUCCUUGUCAGUGUACAGUCUGUACAUACAAAAAAAGUUACCCUAAAUAUUUAGAACUGUUUAUGUUUUGUAUCCCUUAUAUAUAAUUAAUGGCAAAAAAAAAAUUCAAAAAUAUCUGUUGUUUAGUCGCUUAGUGGUUUAGAUAUUGUUGGGCACUGAACUAUAUCUCAACUAAUUGUAAUAAUGGAUUAUACAGAAUUAGAUAAUCUCUAAAUCAGAAUACAUUGUUUUCUUUCAUAUAUUUUUAUAAAUUUUAUAUUUAUACUUUGCUGCAUUAAUUGGGUGUUGACAUUAUUUCUUGUUUUAAUUUUUAUUUUAAAAAAAGUAAUCUCAUUAAAAAAGUUUGAUAUAUGAACAUGAACACAUAUUUAGUAAUAGAAAUACACAUAAGUAGAUAAUCAUUUUGAGAACAUUUUUAAACUUCAGCAACCAACCAGAAUGAUUGCCUUGUCUUGUGACAUGGUUCCAAGCUAUACCUCUGCCUGCUGCCAUCCUCAGGCGUCCUGUAGAAAGUUUGGGCUCGGACGUAAUACUCUUCAUUUACGAAACUUAAAUUAAAACAAACAUACACAUUAGUAGAAAACACAUUUAAGGGCAUUAGCAUUUUGAGUCGUUGACAAAUAUUUGAUUGUUGUUGAAAACUUUAUUAUAACUUUUAAUAGUGGAUUAAAAAAUAAUUUUUAUUGUAAGUCUGAAAAUUCUAUCUGAUCUUGAGAUUUUCUCCACAAUGCUUCUUUCCAUGCACUUUUUUGUAAAUAAAUUCACCUGUUAACUUAUGGGGCCUACAGUUCUAUGUCAGACCAGAUUAUCUCUCUUCCUGUGACCCCAGUGAUUUAAACUUUUUUUCUUAUUGUUAUAUUAAUAUGAUUAUAUAUAAGUACAUUUUGAUGUUGUCUUGAGUAAUUUUUUUUUUUUAAAUACUAUGUGAAAUUUUAUUUUCGGUUCCUUUCAAACAUUCUUCUCAGAAGUUGAAAGUCAUCGCUGCUAUUCUGUGAUGCAAAAUGGGUAAAAACAUUUUCUAAAUGUUGCAUGCUCUGUCGCUGUUGUUUUAUUGGAGUCGUCGUCAUUGCAGCUGGCCAGUUGGUGGUAUGCUUGGUCAGUUGGCGUGGUUGUUGAGAGGGGUGCUUGGUCAGUUAAGGUGCUUGGUCAGUCGGGUUGGUUGUUCAAUUGGGGUGGCUGGUGUCAGAAGGGUGGUUUGUCAGUUGAGGUAGUUGGUGUCAGUGGGAGGCUUGGUCAGUUGAGGUGGUGUGUGUCAAUUGUCAAUGGGGUGGCAGGUCAGUUAGGGUGAUUUGUGUCAAUAAGGAGUUGGUCAGGAGUUGGUCAAUUGAUGUGGUUGGUUAGUGAUUAAUUGGAGUGAUUGGUCAGUGGUGUUUUGGUCACUUGUAAUAGUAGCUUGUUCGGCUGCUGUAAGAGAGACUAUGAAACUAGUCAAAAUGAUUGUGUGUAUUAGUUUAUGAAAGAAUUGUACAUAAUCUAUAUUCACUAAUAGGGGAAAUACAAAAUGUAUAUCUAUUUAACUGUAGCAGAAGCUGUGCUGAAUUGUCCCAUGUGUAAAUUUUGUCUAUUCCAUUAUGUCCAUUUCUGUAUAAUGUAUAACAAUGUAUUAUGUAACAAUGCAGUUUAUGAUUAAUAAUUUAUACUAAAAUAAUAUAUAUCGAUCCUCAUAACAUAACUUGUAUCUCUAGCUAAUAUUUUAUUUUAUUUACAGUUUCAUUGUGAUUUAGAAUUUGUUUAUAUUGUAAACUAACUCAUUUUAUUUUAUUACCUUCCUUGAGUCAUGUGAUUUUUUUUUUUUUGAUUUUUUUUUAAAAAUUAUUUUGUUUUAAACAAACUUUUUAUUUAAUAUUGUUUUAGUAUUGAACUAUUUACCUCACUGACCUAUAUGUUUAAUAUAAAUGUUUAUCUGUGAAGAUAGAAAAUGAUAACAUUAUAAAAACAUUUUUUUUCAAUGUAAAGUAAUUAUACAUUUUUAAGUAUGUCUUCAAGACUUUGGUUCAGAGUGCAAAUAGUUUUUGUUGUCAUCCUCUGAAACAUCCAGCAGGAAGAUGGCUGCUUGGUUGUCCAUUGAUCCUCAUUCUUAAAGAACAUCUGUUGCAUAGAAAACAAAAGAGUAUUACUAUAAAAUAAAAACAUAUACUUAUUUAAAUUUAGAUAAUAAAAAUUAAAUAAAUAUAAAGAAAAAUGAAUGAAAUAGAUAAUUUUGAAUAAUCUAUGCUUUUGCUGGUUUUAAAGCGAAUAUUCGACCAUUUUUUAAAAAUAAAUUCAAUUAUAAAUUUUGCAUAGAAAAGGCUAGAAAAUUAUAUAGAUAAACAAUAAUCUUUAUUUUAAAUAAGGAUAUUAGCCUAACAAGGCGCAGUGGCUGAGCGGUAAAGCGCUUGGGUUCUGAACAGGGGGUCUCAGGUUCUGAACAGGGGGUCUCGGGUUUGAAUUCUGGUGAAGACUGGGAUUUUUAACUUUGGUAUCUUUGGGCGCCUCUGAGUCCACCUAGUUCUAAUGGGUACCUGACAUUUGGGGAAAAGUAUAGGCAGUUGGUUGUUGUGCUGGCAACAUGACAUCCUCGUUCAACGUAGGCCACAGAAACAGAUGACCUUUACAUCAUCUGCCCUAUAGAUCACAAGGUCUGAAAGGGGAACAUUUAGUCUUACAAUUGAAAGGAAAUAGGAGAGGGUUAUGAUUAAUGUUUAGUGUGGCAGCUUGGUUUGUGGUGUGCUGCGCUCAAGACUAUAUACAGAUUGAUUCUAUAUUUAGACUUUGCCCAUCUCUAUCAACUGAGAUCCUGGGAGAGAAUUGGGCUAAGGUAAAAUAAUUUUAAUAGCUAUAGAAACAUCUGGAACUUAUAACGCAAAGUCAAAAUACUAUUGGUGUAUUGUAUUAGAGUUGUGACCUAUUUUAUAAUCAAAUCUUUAAAAUAAAGAGUAAUAUUAAAAUAUAAAUAUAUGUAAAGAUAAAAAUAUUCUUAACACACUCUUGGAAAAAAACAUUUGUAUGUCCUGUAAGUAGCUAGGAGAAAACUUAUAAUUUGCAUAAUUUUAAAAAUACAUUUAGUACUUUCGAGGUGUUUUGUGGCUAUAAUGAUCAAGAUCAAUUUAAAAUGUAAAUGAUAUGCAACAGAUGGUUCAGAAGUAAAGCUGCCUGGAUGGAAUGAAAGAAACAUAUAAGCAUACUAGCUAUGUCAGCGGCUAAAAUAAAUUGAGAAUAUGUAUGCCUGUGGGGUUUUUUUUAGCAAAGAAAUUUUCUACAAAUCAUUUAGUGUGGAAUUACUCUCAUAUCUUGCAUAAAAAUUGGAAGAAAGAAAUUUAGUUAGCUAGCAGAGAUAUAUUUCUUGUCCUUUACUAUAAUUGUUUUUUUACAUUCUACAGUAAAUGGAUAAUUUUACUGUUCUAGAAAUUUUGAUGUAUCAACCUUUUUUUUUGUCUGUCCAUAUGAAUUCCAUCAUCAAGACUAUAAUAAUUGUUAAUUCUUAAAUGAAACUUUAAUAAAAAAUUAUGUCAUCCGA